UUCCAGUCUUACCCCGACUUUCGACAGGCUCGCUCGACUUGUUUUGUUUUGUUUGUCUAGCUUUCUCGACGUCUAGACGGUUUUUGGAACGACUAUUGCGGUAAAAUUGAAGGCUGUAUGUGGGCCGAUAGAAACCUCGAUAAGUUAUCGGGGUGAAAACCCUAUUUCAAGGGAGGAUGGUCGUGGUGUGGUGGGCGGUGGUGGUAGUACUGCCAGGACUUCUGAGGGGGCAAAGCCCCCCUUGCCUCAACUGCGAAACCUACGUGGAGGAGAACAACUUGCCACUGUCAUCACAGAAUGGCAGUUGGAACUGCAGUGACAAUGGUUGUCAGAGAGAGGAGGGCGAAAUUUGCGAUCCACUCACACCCUGUGAAAAUGGCCUUUCGUGCCAAUACACAAACGCCUUAGCCACGACUGGAAGGUGCAGAGAGAUCAAGGGCCUCCCGUGUACGGUGUUCAACCAGACGUACGAAAACGGCAAGAACUUCAUGCUCGACUGCAGAACCCAGUGUACUUGCAAGAAUGGGAGGUACGCCUGUGCCUCGCUCUGCCCCAAAGAGAACAUAUCUCCGUUGGGAAUUUCAUGCAUGCAUCCAAGGCUUGUAGAAAUCCCAGGCCAGUGUUGUCGAGAGUGGAUGUGUGAUGGCCAUUCUGCCGAGAGACCUCCGGACUGUGAGUGGAGUCCUUGGUCCGCAUGUCCCGACUCAUGCGGAGCUGGCCUUUCGCGUAGGAUGGGUCCCAGCCCCCUUUGUCAACCAAACAAUGAGACAAGACUCUGCCAACUGAGGCCUUGCCCUGGACCUUUGCCACAAAAGAUCCACAAUUAUUCGCAACAUAGGCUGAGAAAAGGGCACGAAUGUAAGGCAACGAGGAGAUUGGGAAGAGGCGUCCGUCUGCGGUUCGCGAGCUGUCUCAGCGUUAAGCGCUACAGACCAAAGUGGUGCGGUGCCUGCCAGAGCUUACUCUGUUUACCGGAGUUAAGCACUACAAUCAAAGUACCAAUGCUCUGCCAACAGCCUGAGGACACAGUUGAGGACGUGACUCAGGGAAGUGACCUUUGGGGCUCUAUAGAUAGGAAACUGACCCCGGCCUACUCACACCCCAUCACUGUUCAGGUUGAGUGGAUCAGCAAAUGUGAGUGCAGCCCUUUAACGAUUACGACCAGAAUACCAGAAAUGCUUCUCCACCGAGUUCACAGGACAGCUGCACCAUAGGAUGAAGAGUUUAUAAAGGCACUGCUCAUUAUCAUUUUGUGCAUUUUGUUAAAAUUUGACAUUUGAUGCAUCAAACUAUCAAAGAAUAUCAGAUCCAGAUUGUCAGUAUUGGCUUUUUGUACAAAAAGCUGAUUGAAUGGACAACAUACACUAUAGGCCUAAGAUUAAAAAAAAAAGUUGUAUUUUGUAUGUAAGCAAGAGAAACCCAAAUCCAAAUUUUAAAGAAACAAAUUAUUUCUAUCGUCAGUGUUCAGAUGUAAGUUAGAUCAUUAUUUUUACUAUAUUUAAGUUUAUAUCUCCCCACCCCCUAAAAAAUAUUUUAUUUUUUAAAACCAUCCAAAUCACCAUCUGGAUUGCAUUACUCUUGGUGAGUGGAUUUUGCGAGAGUUUUAUUUAAAACGUUAGAAUUGGACAAGCAACAAGGCUGGCACAUUAUCACUUUGUGGGUGCACCAAGACACAUAUCCAAUUAAUAGAUAUUUUAUUAUAAUUGAGCUUUUAAUUUGCACAACAAUUUUAUUAGGAUAAUGGUAUCACGUAAUAAAAAUUACUAAUGAAUAAUAUAAUCCACUGUAGUUUUGCUAUGAAAAGUCAAUAUCAGAUCAACAAAAAAAAAGGAAGAAGAUUAAAUGUGUUUGUUAUAAUAGGAUAUUAAUAUUUUUAUACUAUAAUGCAUUAUUUCGUAUAUACUAAACAAACAAAAAAAAUGUGUGUAAAAUGAUAAUAGUGUGUAUGUUAUUGUGUUCUGUAACAUUAAUAAAACAAAUAUAGAUGAACCAACACCAUAAAAAGAAGUAUCAUUAAAAUUAUAAUGUUAGCCUUUUAAUACUAAUUCUUGAAACACGGAAGAUCAUAAAAAAUGUAUCAUUUCUUGAUGAUUGAGUCAGAGUUUUAGUUUGAUUUUGUUAUAAUUUUAAGAUAGUUUAAAAAAUAAGUCUCUUUUAAGACAACGUAUUCUAAAAAUGUACUGUACAAUUGAAUACUGUUUACUUUGUAAGUUAGGUUGUGAGUCAAAUGAAAACUGGAUACAUUAAUAAAAAAAUUGCUGAUUUCAUCACA